ACGUGAACAAUACAACGGGGUUUCUCUGUAUUUCCGCUAUAAUCGCUCUCUCUCUCUCUCUCUCUCAAGUCUAUCUCUGGUCCGAGCCUGUCUUGGUCUUGCUCCAAUAAGCUUUCUCUGUGCUGUGGAGGUCUGAUAAAAUGGUGGAGGAGAAGUCUGCGAUAGCAAAAGAUGUUACUGAAUUGAUUGGUAACACGCCACUGGUAUUUCUCAACCAUGUUGUAGAUGGUUGUGUAGCACGAAUUGCCGCUAAGCUAGAGAUGAUGGAACCCUGCUCAAGUGUCAAGGACAGAAUCGGAUAUAGCAUGAUUGCUGAUGCAGAGGAGAAGGGUCUCAUUACUCCGGGUGUGAGUGUCUUGAUUGAGCCUACCAGUGGCAACACUGGCAUAGGGUUGGCAUUCAUCGCAGCUGCCAAGGGUUACAAACUCAUAGUUACCAUGCCUGCUUCAAUGUCUCUUGAAAGAAGAAUCAUUCUUAAAGCUUUUGGAGCUGAGCUGGUUCUAACAGAUCCAGCCAGGGGCGUGAAAGGUGCUGUUCAGAAGGCUGAAGAGAUACUCGCAAAGACUCCCAAUGCUUAUAUUCUUCAGCAAUUUAAAAACCCUGCAAACCCAAAGAUCCAUUAUGAGACCACUGGACCAGAGAUCUGGAAAGGCUCUAGUGGGAAGGUUGAUGCAUUUGUGUCUGGGAUAGGAACUGGAGGUACAAUAACAGGUGCAGGGAAGUAUCUCCAAGAGCAAAACCCCAAUGUUAAGCUUUAUGGGGUUGAACCAGUUGAAAGUGCUAUAUUGUCUGGAGGGAAACCUGGCCCACAUAAGAUCCAAGGAAUCGGUGCUGGCUUCAUCCCUGAAGUUUUGGAUGUCAAUCUACUUGAUGAAGUUAUUCAAAUAUCAAGUGAAGAAGCUAUUGAAACUGCUAAGCUUCUUGCAUUGAAAGAAGGUUUGCUGGUAGGGAUAUCAUCUGGUGCUGCUGCUGCUGCUGCAAUUAAGAUAGCAAAGAGGCCAGAAAAUGCAGGGAAACUCCUUGUUGUGAUCUUCCCAAGCUUUGGAGAGCGUUAUCUGUCAUCUGUUCUGUUUGAAUCUGUGAAGCGGGAGGCAGAGAGCAUGGUUUUUGAGGUCUGAAUAGCCUAGUUUCAAAAGGAGUCUCAACUUUCAGGCCGGUGGCAUCUGAAGUAUGAGGCAGAGAACAUGGUUUUCAAGUUGCAAUUUUUAACUUUGGUUUGGAUGGUUCUGCUUCUUCCUGUUUUUACAUGAAUAAAUGCUGUGAAUAAUAUGGAAGUUUUCUGCCUCGAAAGAAAAUAUAUGGAAGCUUUUAAAUACUAAUUGUAUAUUAACCAUAUAUGGGUUGGUCACUGGCGCUAGACGUGGAAUUUAAAUACUCAUGUGGAAUUUAAAGCAGAUGUGUUCUGGUAAAUUCAUUUCCUUUUAGAACCACCAAGUUUUUCUGUUUGUUCGACCAUCGUUUUGUUUGCGUUUAGACCUUAACAAAGUCAGUAUUCUAUGCCAAAAUGUUGUAAUCUGAAGGAGACUUCAUGGUACUGGUUUUGCCAAAAUUUCGAUUGUGGCUCUUCUUCCUUUUCCUUCAA